GAGGAGAAGGGGAGUCUCGACUCGGGUGCCGUGUUUCCGAUUUCGGCUGUUGAGGAUCCUAUAAAACUGCGAGUCCCGGUGCUCUUCUUCCUCCUCCCACAGUCCAAAGCACCACCAAUGCAUCUCCAUUCGGCUUAUCUCUCUCCGUGGGUGCGACUCUUCUUCUGACUUUUCUACCUUCUUGUGCUGCUGCUCUCUUCUUUUCUGUCUCGUUUACGCGCUGAUGUUGAUGGUGGUGGUCUGCUGUCGGUGUGAUACGGAGGGUUGGGGUUUCCCAAAACCAGAAGCCUGUCCUAGCUCUUGUGCCUCGGGGAUUUAAGUACCCUGUGCUCGCUUGGUGGAGUUUCGCCUUGAAGGUCACAGUUUUGGUGGAUGCUUCGUUCAUCGGAGGAAAUGACGACUUUUGCGCUCUUAUAUAUGGGAGGAGGAGAGCAAAUGCGAGCAGAUUAGAGUCGUGGAAUGAAUCUGAUGGAUACUACGUUUCUGGUGCCGAUAAAGCGGACGGAGCACAUCGUCGUGACGCCGAAGCCCUUCUCGCAGCAGCCGAAGCGCCGCCCGAGUGACGUCCCCGUCGCCGCGCCGCUGCCGCGCACGGUGCGCAUCUUCUGCGACGACUACGACGCCACCGACUCCUCCGGCGAUGAGAGCGGGUGCUGCCACUCCCGCCGCCGCGUCCGGCGGUACGUCCAGGAGGUCCGGUUCGAGGCCCGGUCUGCACGCGGCGGACCCCAUGCCGUUGGGGAGGCCGGGAAGAGCAAGGCCGCGAAGGGGGGCGGCGCCGGGAAGAAGCGGAAGGCCGGCCCUGUUGUGGCAACAAGCGGCGAUGGGAGCGUCCAGAGGUUCCGCGGCGUCAGGCGGCGGCCGUGGGGGAAGUACGCGGCGGAGAUUCGGGACCCCUGGCGACGCGUCCGGGUGUGGCUCGGUACGUACAACACCGCCGAGGAGGCUGCCAAGGUCUACGACUCGGCCGCCAUUAAGCUCCGAGGACCCGAUGCCACCACCAACUUCGCUCGUCCCCCGGCGGACGCCGCGACCGUCACCCACCCCCCUCCGCCACUACAACCGCCGAAGAAGAACCUCUCGGAGAACAACCUCCCCUCCGUCUCCGGCGGGUACGACUCCGCCGAGGAGUCGCACAACCUCUCCUCCCCGACAUCCGUCCUCCACGGCUUCUCCUGCUCUUCCUCCUCCAAGCCCGGCGACCAGGCGGAGAAGCCGAAACAGCCAGGUACAGUUGGCGACGAGAAGGACGUGGCGGCCGGCUCUUCGGUGGAGCCCGGCGGGUUCCUGCCCUUGGAGAAGGACGAAGUGCUCUUCGACGACUUACUCGGCUUCGGGGUGUUCGACGACGACGACUCCGCCCCCAUCGGCUUCCUGGCCGAGGAGUUGAGCGACGCCGUCCUUAACGGCUCGGGGCUCGACGUCGACCUCGGCCCAACGUCGACGUGGCAAGGGGUGGACGAUUUUUUCGAUGGCAUCGGCGACCUAUUCCCGAUCGAACCCCUGCCCGCCAUCUGAGCACGAGUCUUUAGUGACGUUUCCGUCGCCGGACGCCGAUUCCUCGGCCGAUUUUGCUGCUGCGGAGGGAAACAAAUUCCGCUUGUUUUUCUUUUCG